GGCGAGGAGGGCGGCGGCGGCCCCCGCAGCUCCGCGCCGAACAUGUUCGCCAAGGGGAAGGGCUCGGCCGUGCCCUCGGACGGGCAGGCGCGGGAGAAGCUGGCCCUGUACGUCUACGAGUACCUGCUGCACGUCGGCGCCCAGAAGUCGGCGCAGACCUUCCUGUCCGAGAUCCGGUGGGAGAAGAACAUCACGCUGGGCGAGCCCCCCGGCUUCUUGCACUCCUGGUGGUGCGUGUUUUGGGACCUUUACUGUGCAGCUCCCGAAAGGCGAGACACUUGCGAACAUUCAAGUGAAGCAAAAGCCUUUCAUGACUAUAGCGCAGCUGCCGCCCCGAGUCCCGUGCUUGGAAACAUUCCCCCGAACGACGGGAUGCCCGGGGGCCCCAUCCCGCCAGGUUUCUUCCAGGGACCGCCUGGUUCACAGCCCUCGCCACACGCACAGCCUCCACCCCACAACCCUAACAGCAUGAUGGGACCCCACAGUCAGCCUUUCAUGUCACCGCGCUACGCAGGAGGUCCCCGGCCCCCCAUCAGGAUGGGAAACCAGCCUCCGGGGGCCGUUCCUGGUACACAGCCGUUGCUGCCCAAUUCAAUGGAUCCCACGCGACAGCAAGGGCACCCGAACAUGGGCGGACCCAUGCAAAGGAUGAACCCUCCGCGAGGGAUGGGCCCCAUGGGCCCCGGUCCGCAGAACUAUGGCAGCGGCAUGAGACCUCCGCCCAACUCGUUAGGCCCUGGCAUGCCCGGAAUUAACAUGGGGCCGGGAGCUGGCAGACCAUGGCCCAACCCCAGCAGUGCUAACUCAAUCCCAUACUCUUCUUCAUCGCCUGGUACAUACGUGGGUCCUCCCGGCGGCGGCGGUCCUCCGGGGACACCCAUCAUGCCCAGCCCCGCAGAUUCAACAAAUUCAAGUGACAACAUCUACACAAUGAUUAAUCCAGUACCGCCCGCAGGCAGCCGAUCGAAUUUCCCGAUGGGCCCCGGCUCUGACGGCCCCAUGGGCGGCAUGGGCGGCAUGGAGCCCCAUCACAUGAACGGAUCGUUAGGGUCAGGAGACAUAGAUGGACUUCCAAAAAAUUCUCCAAACAACAUAAGUGGCAUUAGCAAUCCCCCGGGCACUCCAAGAGACGACGGGGAGCUGGGAGGCAACUUUCUCCAUUCCUUCCAAAACGACAAUUAUUCCCCCAGCAUGACGAUGAGUGUGUGAUUUCCCUCCCCCUCCUCCUCUCCAGGAUAAAGAGAGUCAGCUGCCGUUCGGAGGAUCUCAAAGAAUUAUGCAAGAAGAAGCUAGGUGUAUUGGCAGGGAGACGCGUGGCGGGGGCCAGAACCCCAGGUUUAGUUUCAUGCAAUAAAAAGGCUGAACUUUUUAUUCCAUAAAACAUGAAGGACAAAACUUAAAAUAUUUCAAGACAUGACAAGAUCCUUCUUUGUGCAGAAGGGUUUAUAUAUGUACAUGACACUUCUUUUUGGAAACAAAUGGAAGCCUCUAGCACCCAACUCCGAUCUCUUUGCUUUGUUCUUUUAAAUAAAGACAGAAACAGAACCCCGUUGUAUGUUUGUGCCGUGCGACACCAGGAAGCUAGUCUAGAUAUGAAAUCUCAUGUUGUCUCUGUUGUAGUCAUUUUUUAAAUAAACUGGACAGUUUACAAUGGUGGUUUUCGUUCAGAAGGCCUGGUUUUUUGGUUUUUGCUUUUUUCCUUUUUUAUUUUUUUUUUGUUGGUUUUUUUUUUUUUUUUGGUUGUUUGUUUGCAGCACAACGCUUCCUCCUCCAGUAACAAGAUCUGCUUGUGGAAGAGACUCCACCGCCUCAUUAUAAACUCGUUAAUGCAGGUGACCCCUUACAGGAUCACAUCCUCGAAUUAAUCGUGAUCUUACUCUCUGUGACUGUGGCAUGCACUGUGUUAGUCUUUCCCCCCCUCUCAGAGUACAAGAAGAAAUCUCUGCCCCUCCCUUCCCGAGAGUCCUUGAGCUGGUUCACUACAAAAAUAAAUUUGACUUUUUUUUUUAAAAAAAAAAAUCCACCGAAAGAAAGGAGAAAGAAAGGGUUAAUCUGACCUGGGACUUGGAACCGGUGAUCUCCAGCUAACUUUGGUUCUUCUGGGGGCUUUGUUUGCUUUCGUCUUUUUGUUCGUUUUGGUUCCUUUUCUCUUGAAGACGUGCUUUUGUCAGGGUUUCACUUCUCUAUGGUUUGGAACUGGAUGGAGAUAUUUUUUAAGGAAUUACUGUUGUUAAAAAAGAAAAUGUAUCCUUGCUAUUCUGUAGGCUCGCUCUGUCAUAAAAGAUAA